GCUCAUUAUAAAAUCUCCUUAGGUCCUUCGCCGAUCCGGCCGACGUCACUGCGAAGGCGCGAGAAGAUGGCGGGCAUCCUCUUCGAAGACAUCUUCGACGUCAAAGACAUGGACCCCGAGGGGAAGAAGUUUGACCGCGUUUCCAGGCUGCACUGUGAGAGCGAGUCGUUCAAGAUGGAUCUCAUUCUGGACGUGAACACGCAAAUCUACCCCGUCGACUUGGCGGACAAGUUCCGUUUGGUGGUGGCCAACACUUUGUAUGAAGACGGAACUCCAGACGACGGAGAGUACAACCCCUCGGACGACCGGCCGUCAAGGGCAGAGCAGUUUGAGUACGUCAUGUACGGCAAGGUUUACCGCAUAGAGGGCGACGAGACGUCCACUGAGGCUGCCACCCGCCUGGCUGCCUACGUGUCAUUUGGGGGGCUGCUCAUGCGCUUACAGGGCGACGCCAACAACUUGCAUGGGUUCGAGGUGGACUCCAGGGUCUACCUGCUCAUCAAGAAACUGGCUUUCUGAGCUGUGAGCGUGCGUGUGCCAGGAGUGAAUGCGUCGGUGAUGUUAUUUGUAAAGUAAUUGAGUGAGGAAUGACAGAGAGAGUGGGAGUGCACACUUUGAGUGUGCACGCGAGUGAAUGUUACGGGGAGUGACUUGUGGCAGUGGGUGCUCGUGCUGUGAAUGCUAAUGGGAAUGACUGUGAUUGCACACUGUGUGUGUGAGUGAUUGUGUGUGUGUUGAGAUUCAGCUAUCACUUGUCACCGGUGUUGAACCCCACAUCUAAUAAUGGAACCAUGGAGCCCCCCCCCCCCGGCCAAUUUGUUCCCUCUGCAUAGCUUGGCAUCUGGGAUCCUCCGGCCCAUGUACCCCGGUGUAGUCGCACGGCCUGCAUGUCUGCAUUCGCACACUGCCCCUAAUUGCACACUGACAUUACCUUUUGUCUGUGGGAAGUUACGAGUGGUUUUGAUCCUAAGAAAUUAUCCCAAUGACCCAGGUUACACGUUGCCCUGUGGUGCUCAACACCAGCAAGGAGUGAUAUUUGAAGUUUACUUGCUUAUAAUUGAGCACCUGGUGUGGUGGGCGACAGCUUGCAUUAGGGAGACCAGACUUCUGGGUUUGUGUGUCCUGACACUACAUCCUUGCGCAUCCACCGUGUCACCCUCAGAUUCUCGUUAACAGCACUUGCCCUAACAUUGUGUAACAUGUAUUUGUGCCUACAUCUCAUCACAUGUAUGCACAAACCCUUUGCAGUGUUUGCAGGUACAUGGAAAGUUGCUUGCACACAAUAAUGCGGAGUUCAAAUCUGACUUGUGCUUACACGCACACCCGUGUGUACCUGCAAUAAUGGAUAUUGUUGCCUAAAAUAGGCACCCCAAGGCGCAAUUGAGCAUGUUUUUUUUGUGGAGCAUGUGUCGAUGUGUGUGCCGUCAUAUUUAUAUUUCAAUUAAAAUGAUUUACAUUAUU